UUAAGCGUCGCCAGCAACCAACCCCCGGCAGCCCUUUUCAGCUCAGGAGCAAAAUUUCAGAGUGUUUGAACCCUGAACGGCUACUGCCUCUAACCAUUUUUUUUAAAAAGUAAGGUCACAAUUUUAAAAAAAGAGGGAGGGAGAUAGAGAACCCUCUUAGCGGGUUACUCAAGUUCACGCGUCGAGCUUAAAUAUCGCAGCGAAGGUUCCCCGCGGCAAAAAUCCGGGUGGCGAGUCCUACUGAGAAGUUGCAGCAGCAGCAGCAGCGCCUACCUCCAGGGAAGAGGCAGACGAAUUCUCUUCCUGCCAGUGGCGGCAGCAGCGGCAACUGCAGAUUAUCCGAGCAGGAAAAGACUGAUCCGCUGAGCGGCUGCUAGCAGUGGGUUGCGGGGAAGGAAGGAAGGAAGCAGCAUACCCCACUGGUGGUGAAAAGCUCAGAGAGAGCAUCGUCACGUCCCCGCUGAAGGAGCCUCUGGCAGAACGAGACCUCUUCCGAUGCCUGCCCUUUUACCCCAGGAGGAGCUCUCCUCACAUUUCUCCACCACCACUGCCUUUGCUCAUGUGGCCCAGAAUGGGGCAGCUAACACGAAGAAGGUCCAUCUCACACAUGAGAACACAGAAGAUGGGAGAGGCAUGGUAGAUGAUAUUUUUGAUGAGAGCUAUCAUGAGAAAGAGGGCCCCAAGCCUGCCACUAUAUAUGUCUGGAGGAACAUUAUCCUCAUGUUCUUACUCCAUGUAUCGGCCCUGUAUGGCAUCUCCCUCAUACCUUCAGCAAAGUUACACACGUCAUUGUGGGCCGGACUGUGCUUCAUCUUGAGUGCUCUGGGAAUUACAGCUGGGGCACAUCGCCUUUGGAGUCAUCGGUCUUACAAAGCCACCUUACCUCUCCGAAUAUUCUUUGCUGUUGUCAACUCCAUGGCUUUCCAGAAUGAUAUCUAUGAGUGGACUAGAGACCACCGUGCCCACCACAAGUUCUCUGAAACAGAUGCAGAUCCUCAUAAUGCCUCUCGGGGCUUCUUCUUCUCUCACAUUGGCUGGCUGAUGGUGCGCAAACACCCUGAUGUCAUAGAGAAAGGUCGUAAGUUGGACCUCUCUGACCUCAAGGCUGACAAAGUUGUGAUGUUCCAAAGGAGGCAUUAUAAGGUCUCUGUGGUGAUCAUGUGCUUCUUUCUGCCUACCUUUGUGCCCUGGUACUUCUGGGGAGAAUCCUUAUGGAACAGCUUCUUCCUGGCUUCCAUCGUCCGCUACACAGCGAUCCUCAAUGCCACCUGGCUGGUGAACAGUGCAGCCCACAUGUAUGGAAACCGACCAUAUGAUCAGCACAUCAGCCCCAGGGAAAACCACUAUGUUGUAUUCGGAGCCUUAGGUGAAGGCUUCCACAACUACCACCAUACUUUCCCCUUUGAUUAUUCCACCAGUGAAUUUGGCUGGCGGUGGAACUUCACUACAGCCUUCAUUAAUGCCAUGUAUUACCUUGGAUUGGCCAGUGACUGCAAGACAGUGCCCAAGGAGGUCAUUAUGGCUCGGAAAAUUCGGACUGGUGAUGGUAGCCACAAGACUGGCUGAAGGCCUGCUUCCCUCACCUCCCUUGCUCUCCUCCUUCUCCUUCUAUGUUUAAUGUUCUGUUUACUAAUUUCCAAGCAAUGCUUUCAGGAUGCUCAAGGUGAUUGAUACUAAUCCAUUCCUGCACUGUCUUUUGAAAAAGUGUUUUUAAGACUUGUAAUUCUCGGGGGCAGGGCUGCCUUUUCCUCCACCUCUUAUUCUGUUAUCCCUGGCAAAAUCUCUCUCCUUCCCCCCCUCUUUCUCUUAUUAGAAGCUGGUAGAGCCAAUAGGGCUGUGUCAAAGCCAAGGAUUCCUUUCCCAGAAAUACUGCUAACAGAUUCUUCACUAACAAUUAGUUCUUCUGGUACCUGGUUCCUGAAAGUAGUGUCUUUGGUGAAAGGAGGGGGAAGUGUUCCUUUUUUUUUUCUUGCAGAGAAAGUAUGAGUCUGAUUUCUUGAGCUAGAGGUUCUGAUGCCCCUUGGAGACUGAGAAAGGGGUUGAUGUGAAGAUUAGGGGCAGGGGUGAGGGUGGAAAGGAGAACAGGAGAAGCAGAACACUUGUUAUUUUUUAAGGGUAGCAGACAAGCCUGAAGGUGAGCCCCAGGAUUCGGGGUUGAUUUUAGUAAGUGGAGCUGGGACAGUCUUCUCCCUCUAACCAUGCUCCUGUGUCAUGAUUGUUUCUAUCCUGCACUUGGCCAUUCUUGUGCAGGAAAGCUAUUUCAAUCAUUGCUGACUGAUGACCCUGAAACAGAUUUGGUUGAGAACACAUUCGAACAGAGUGGAAAAAUGGUCUUGUCUGAGUGUGAAAAAGAAGUGUGUCAGAGGGACUUCUCCUAAUAGGAGAAGGUGGGUGGUACUACAAGUAUUUGAUUCAAAGCUAUGUCACUGAAACAAUGAACCUGUCUUUAGAUGGUGUGCUUGCUGGUGUGUGUGUAUAAUGAUGGAGGCUUUCUAUUAAGUGUAAUGUGGUAACUGAAGUCCACACCAAUCCUUCAAGGGCCCACUGAUGUCAGAGAGGUCCAAGAAAGAGCUAUAUCUGCCCUCUGGGGUAUGUUAUGCUAUAGUGGAGCAUGUACUUGAAAGAUCAAGGUAGCAUUUGCUGCUUCCAUUUUUUUCUACUCCUGUAUCAACUUCCACAACAUCCACUUUGCUGUUGUGUCAUCUGCAUCUAUCUCUAUUUCUUCCUGCUGCCACACCACACUAUGGAUCCUUGGGGAGAAAAUGUGGCUGCCCAAACUUCCUUUCAAGAGAGAUUCUGAAGGAGUCAGUGGUCAUUCCACUUUAGGAGUAGUUGUUCCUAGCAGGAAAGUUGUUUAUACAGCCAUAUUACACUGGUUUUAAAUAGGGAGGCAAAAGUUACAGGAUCCACAGACUUCUUGGUUUUAUCAUCAUGGUAUUUACUACAGGUGAGUGGCAGGAGCACUUACCAUGGUAAAUACAGUGACCAGAUGCAAGAAAGGACACAGCUCCUGUACCAUUCACAGUUGCAUGGAAGAGGAGAUUUUAUUAGAAAUAGCUUGUUUAUUUUAAAAUCUUAGUAUCCCAUUAGUUUUCCUCCUUAGUGUACCCCUGCUUGCUACGUAGGUAAGAAAACCUGCACCUACACAAAAUCCCUCUUAGCAUGUAACCACCUUAAUAAGUAUUGUGCUUCAAAUUAUGUAAAAUGCCAGUGCAAAGGCAGUCCACUGAUUUUCCUCCCAAAGUAUCAGGGGAAGAGUUGCAGCAAGCUAAUCCUUGCUAUGGACUUGUGACAGAGAGUCAUAGCACAAGUUGCCCAAAUAGGGCUCAAACAACCCACUGCUCAAUUGCCACACCCGCUGGAUGAAGACAGGAACUCGACUAAGCCCUCUUAUGCCAGUUUAGGCAGCCACUGGUGUAUUGGGUUCCUCUCCCUCUUAUCUCAAUUUAUAUUUAUAUUUGAAUUCCCCAUCAAUUGGCACUGAGGCUGAUCUUAAAAACAAACAAACAGUAAGCAAAACACAAAAGCAAAGCAGGAUAAUGCCAGUUCAAAACCAGUCAAACCUGUGCUCCCAUAGUAAGUUAUGCUAUAUUUCAGAGUCAGGUGUCUGUGACUAAAAGACUGUGUGGGCCAAAGCAGCCUCCCUUUCUGUUCCAGUGGUAGUAUUCUUGCUAAUUUGUGACAAAGCCCAGGGGUUUCUCUUUGAUGUAACCCAUCAGUAUUGCAGUUGCGUGCCCAUCCUGCCUCGUGUCACCCAGAGUCUGCUGGGAAAUGCUCUUGCACCAGAUGACUUGGGCCAAAGUAUCGCUGGUUGCAGCAGUUGUUUUUGACUUUGCAAAUACAAAGAUAUCUGGGUAGUACCAGGAGGGACUGUAGCUCAAUGGUAGAAGACCGGGCUUUGCAAAGCUUUAGAUUGUUCUUCGAUUUGGCUGAGGGUUGGGCCAAAGAGGGCAUUGAAUAGCUGCAUCCAAAUCAUAUAGCUAGACCUCCAAAGCUCUUUGAAUUGAAUCAGGAGUGUUGGAAAAGAUUUGAAGAGAUUUGGACUUCUGGAAGCUUUUUUCUUGAUGUUUUUCAAGGGCAAACACUGUAACAGAAACUUACAAAAAGGAGGGAAUGAGGUGAUCUCCCAUAUAUGGAGAAUGCUGAGUGGGAGAAAGAGUCCUUUGAAAUUGACAUCUAAAGACAGCCUUUUUGUUCCCUUCCAAUCAGUGUUUUGGAGGAGCUUGAAUAUUUCAAGCUUUGUUUGCUCAGCUGAAGUGCCUUCUAGGAGUCGCUGUAUCUCUGUAUAACACCCUUGGAAGAGACUAGCAGUUCUUUGCUAUUGUCAUCCCACUGUUGAAUAAGAAAAAUGAAUUAUAAGCCCCCUCCCCGCCCCACCCCCAAAGAAACUUAUUUUAGGAAACUCCUGCAGCUAUUCAUUUGAAUUUUUGCAGAUUUCAAGUCCACUUAAAGGAGUUCUACCUCUGUCUACAUCCCAUUCCACAAAGAAUUUAAUACAUCUUAGGCAUUUAGUGAUUCUCCCUGUUAUUCUAUCCUAUGAACAAAUAUUCAGAUGAAUCAGAUGUUCAGAUCUCCACAUCAGGAGAAUCCAAAGCACUGAAUUGAAUAGUACAUGCUCCAAAUUCACACAGACCAAGCAGACCUGUGUGCGCAGAAGGUCCUGGGUUCACUCUCUGGCUUCUGCAAUUAGGGCUGGGAGACAUCCCUCUGUGAAACCCUGGAGAGGUGCUGCCAGUCACUGUUGAUAAUACAGGAUUAGAUGGACCAAUGGUCCAAUUCUGUAUAAGGCCACUUCAGAUAUGUUCCCAUGAGUUGAUUUGUUGCAUGUUGACUAUCAGUACCCUGCAAGAAUGCAGAAAAGGGCAACCAGCAUGAUCAAGGAGUUGGCUCUCCUUCCCUACAAGGAAAAGUUAAAACACUUGGGGCUUUUUAGUUUCGGGGGGGACGGACGGACAAUUAAGUGGCGGUUGUGGGCAGUGUUCCCUCUAACAGGGAUUUCCAGAUGUUGUUGACUACAACUCCCAGAAUCCCCAACUGCAAUGGCUUUUGCUUGGGGAUUUUGGAAGUUGUAGUAGUCAGCAACAUCUGGGAAUCCCUGUUAGAGGGAAUACUGGUUGCGGGCAAGAGAACAUGCUAGAGGUUUGUAAAAUUGUGAAUGCUUUGGAGAAAGCAGAGUUUUUCUGCUCCCUCUGUCAUGACACUGGAACUCAGGGUCAUCCAAUGAAACAGCUUGGCAGUAGAUUCAACAGACUAAAAAAAAAGUACUUCUUUAUCUGACAUAUAAUUAAAGUAUAAACAUUGCUGCUGGAAGAUGUGAUCACCACACUUUAGAUAGCUUUAAAAGAAGACUAGACAGGUUUCUAGAAGGUAGGUUCACUAGUCGCUAUUGCCGUGAUCACUAAAUGAAACCUCCCUACCAGUUUCUGCAGGACAAAAAAUGGGGUGGGGGCAGCUGUUGCUUUUGUGCCCAGCCAGUGGGCUUCUCAGAAGCAUUAUGGCUGGCCUCUAUUGAAAACAGAAUGAUGAUGGAUGCUUGGUCUGAUCCUCAGGGUUUCUCAUGGUCUUAUGUUUAAGUUUAUCCUGAGCAACCCCCUGCUAAGAUGUGUCUGCUGUAGUCGAGGAGACUUGGCACCAAAGGUGAAUUUUUUUGUCCAGGUGAAAGCAGGGGCAUAACAUCCCAGUUUGUUAAAGAACAGUUGUGUCACCUGAGGCACUUUGUCAUUUUUUAGAGAAUAGUAAAAGGAAGUGCUGGAAAACCCCUCAAGCACUUUAUUCCUUUCAGUUAACGAGUUUGCUAAGUAGAGAGGCUACAACAUUUUCUCUCCUGUACACACUCUUCAUUCUCUGCCCACCUUUCUUUGCUUAAGUGCAUCUUCGAAGAGUCCUAUGAGAUGAUGGAGGAACGGAGGAGGUAGCAGAGUUUUGCUGAGGGCCACUUAGGAUUUCUCUAGACAUUGCAUUUUCGGUGUGCAGUGCACCUAAAAAUGUAAUGUGUGAAAAUGAUAAUACCUAUUUGGCCGGCAGUGGCCAUGCCAAGUUGUGGAUUGGCUUGUUUGCUUUGUCAUAAUGUCAGACCAAUACAAGGUAUAAAAACGGCUCCAAACAGCAUUUGAAGGGAAAGAGGGCCAGCAAAAAGAUUGAUUUUCCUUCCUCAUGAUGGGCCACGUGAGGUAACCUGCACAAUACAGCCUCUCUAAUGCUACCAUUUCAGCAGUAAUGACUGAGCUCCCUCUCACAAAAGCUGAUGACUCAGGUGCUAGCCUUGCAAACUUGAUGCAGGCUGGAUGGAUCCAAACAUUUGGAUGCAGGAUGUAAAUAGAAGUAACCAAACAGUCCCCAAGUUGGUCCAGGCACCUUUUUGGUAAAUGGACAAAUAUUUUGAUGUGCCUUAAGAUUUUCUUUAACUGACAUAGGAGUAUCAACAUCUCUUUGCAGUAUUUUAUUUUCAUCUGUGCUAAAUUAUUUUUUUUAAAACCUUUCAAAAGGUAUUUUUAUAUUAAUUAUUCACCUGCAUUAAGUUGUGAGUACAGAGUGUUUUUCUUUUCCUUUUUAAAAAUAAACCAGCUUGAUGUUCUGUUAGGUUGUGGGAUAGUUGCAUCACUUAAAAAUAGUGCUUUGUUUGCUUUCCUUUUAUGUAUAAUGCAGCAGAUUAUAUCUAGGAUGUGAUGUAUGUGUGCUCUGUGUGUGUGUGUGUGUGUGUGUUGUGUGGCCUGAAAUGAGAGGCAGGUGAUGAUAAGAGCAGUGCAGUCUAGCAUUUAUAGCAACAGCCUGGACAUUGGGAAUCCUAGGUUCUGUUCCCAACUGCAACUUACAAAGACUAAUUUGUGAGAGCAGUGAAUGAAUUAUUUCUAUCCUCCUGUGCCUGCAUUUCUUCAUGUGUAAAAGGGCAAAUGUCUUCAACCUACUAAUGUGGCUUAAUACUUACAUGGCCUCAUGUACAAGCCGAUUUACUAGAAGGAUUUAUCCAUAAGCCACUUUAUUUCUCUUCUGGGGGAUUGGCUUGCAUGUCAGUCCUUCAUUUUAGCUGGCUUGAGGUCAAACCAUUUGUUGUUUGUAUUCAAGUAACAGCAACAAUAGCAAAUCAUCAGAUUGCAGCAAGCAAAAUGGGUUUCUUGCCCUUUGAAUCUGGAAAAUCAAAUUUCUGAAUGGUGGAGACUGUGAAGACUAAUCUGUGAAUUGUCUAAACUCAGAUGCUGUUGAAGUGUGUGCAUAGGAUUUUGUUUACUUUUCCAUUUCUAAUAUUUCCAUAUUUUGUGUACUGAAUUAAUAAUUUCUUCUAAUAUGAACUGAAUGUCUGAUUAUGCUGAUCUGAAGUUUUAUUUGUUUAUAAUAAAAUGGUUGACUUUCAAUUUUGA